AUGGAGGGUCUCUUCUACAACGUCAAAUACGGCUACAUCGAGGGCAUUGUGCGCGGCUACCGCAAUGCACUGCUCACCAGCCAGAACUACAGCAAUCUAACGCAAUGCGAGAACAUCGAUGAUGUCAAGCUUCAGCUCUCGCCGGCGUAUGGCGACUUCCUCGCGUCUUUGCCUCCUAAUCCCUCGACGUCUGCGCUCGCCGCCAAAACCACCGACAAGCUCGUGGCGGAGUUCCGCUACAUCCAGGCCAACGCGACUGGCUCCCUGUCCAAGUUCAUGGAAUACCUCACGUAUGGAUACAUGAUCGAUAACGUCGCGCUGCUGAUUACGGGAACUCUGCACGAGAGGGAUACCCGAGAGCUGUUGGAGAGGUGCCAUCCUCUUGGUUGGUUCGAGACGAUGCCGGUGCUCUGCGUGGCGACCAACAUUGAGGAGUUGUACAAUUCCGUGUUGAUCGAGACACCCCUUGCGCCCUACUUCAAGGGUUCGCUCAGCCACCAGGAUCUUGACGAGCUGAACAUCGAGAUUAUCCGCAAUACUCUUUACAAAAACUACUUGGAGGAUUUCUACAGCUGGGUCAACGCUACUCCGGAGAUUGCGGGGACGCCGACAGCAGAUGUCAUGAAUGAGGUUCUGGAGUUCGAGGCGGAUCGUAGAAGUAUCAACAUCACCCUCAACUCUUUUGGUACGGAGCUCUCCAAGGCAGACAGGAAGAAGUUGUACCCGACCUUUGGCAGACUGUACCCAGAGGGUACAUACAUGCUAUCCAAAGCAGACGAUGUCGAGGGCGUCCGCAUUGCCGUCGAGGGUGUCUCAGACUACAAAACGUUCUUUGACCAGACCGGCCUCAGCCAGGGAGGUGGUGGCGGUGUCGGUAACAUGGCUGGAGGUGUUGGCGGAGAGAACAGGAGCUUGGAAGAUCUAUUCUACCAGAAAGAGAUGGAGAUAUCAAAGAUCGCCUUCACUCGACAGUUCACGCAUGCCGUGGUAUACGCGUGGGUCAAGCUACGAGAGCAGGAGAUCCGAAACAUCACCUGGAUAGCCGAGUGCAUUGCGCAGAACCAGAAGGAGCGCAUUGGUAACUACAUCAGUGUAUUCUGAGUGUAAUAAUCUGUACAGUUGUAGCAUGUUUGCUUUGACAACGGAGCGGCUUGGGUUGGCGUUAGGGACCGGUUCGUAUAUCCAAUUCUGAUUCUCAAAAUUUUCCGUUUCGUGAAUUAUGUGUUGCCACGUUGUUCUGGAUUGUCUUCUGCAGAAUAAAAAUGGUAUAGGUUCUUUCAGCAUCCUCCACAUCUAUCAUCAAGAUGUUACAGACGAACUCCGAUUUUUCACGUUG